ACAGCUGUCAUUGCCAGUAUCACAUGAAGUUGUGUUCGAGAUAUGAAGAAGACGAAAAUUUCACAAAAUUUAAGAUAUUGUUUCACAAGGCAAUGAGCUCUGAAAUUUUAUAAAAUAUUCAAACAUAUUCAUCGUAUUUCACAGCACAUUAGACUACAGAAGUUGAUUUUUUUUAGGGUCCUUGUAUAUUUACGAGAUUGCAUUAAAUUUUUAUAACGCAAUGACGACGCUCCAUAGUAAUAGAAGACUGAUCAACGAUAUCUGUCGAUUAUGUCUAAAACAAGGGAAUGCACUGCCCUCGAUAUUCGAGGAAAUUAAUCAGGAAACUCAUAUGGCAGUACUUGUCGAGAAGAUAACCUCUAUCGCUCGUGUAGAAAUUACUCCAACCGAUGGUCUCCCCUUGUCAAUAUGCCACAUGUGUCGACGCCAAGUAAAUCAAUUUUACGAAUUUCGUCUGCUCGUUGAAAUGUCAGACAAGGCAUUGCGAACAUGCCUCAAAUCAGGCCAAUUACAAGAUCAAUCCGGAGAAAUGGAGAUGGCAAUGUUUAAAAAUAUGGAAGACAACGAGUACAAAGAUAUUUUGGACCGUGGAAGUGAUGCAUUCAAUGUGAAAGACAUGAUGAAUUACGCUCUAUUAGUACCUACAAACCAAGGCUUUCAAGUUUGGAAGAUCAAUGAUAUCGAGCAGAAUCAAGAGCUUGAUAAAUUAAUAAAAACAGAAUCACCGAUGAAAAGAAACAUAGACGAAUUGAAUAGAGUACAAAAGUCCCUCCACAGCAAAGCACAUAGUUUCGUUGACACAAUGCAGUUACAACAGCCCUGUGAUUUUCUCAGAGCAUAUGUCAAGGAAGAGGUCGACGUAAAUGAUCAAUCUUUCCUCAAUAAUAUGACGAGUUGUCAGUUAUGUUUUAGCGAAUUCGGAUCGUUAGAAGACCUCAAGAAUCACAUAGCGGAGCAUUGUCUUUCCUAUGAAAAUGAAAGCCACAUAGUGGAUCAAGGGAAUACUCUCCAUAACAAACAAACAGUUUCUUCAACCUUAUUAAUUGAGCCAAAUGAUAAAAUUUUCACCGAAUCUGUGGUAUUGCCCUCACAAGAGAUUAACAAAUCCCAGAAAUGUAAAUUAUUCAAGUGUCGAUACUGCAACAAAUCAUUCAGCAAAAUAAUCCUCAAGAAACAUGGCGAGAAAUGUCAAUUAAAAGAGGUGCAAUUUAUUUGCACUGAGUGUGGAGAGAAAUUCACUAAGAGAUCUGAGUUGAGACAUCACAAGGGCACACAUCUGACAUUACCUUUGAUGUGUCCAACUUGUGAUAAAGUCUUUCGAAAUGUUCAAUCUUUUAAAAUGCACAUGAAAAGGCAUACAUUGGGGAGCCGUUACAACUGUGAAACGUGCGGUCAGAGUUACUACACCAAUUCUGAAUUGGCGAGACAUGUCCAGAAGCAUGAGGAUAAACGCAAAUAUCCUUGCCAUCUUUGUGAUACAUCAUUUUUGUCAAAACCAGAGCUCAAUAGACACAUGAAGUAUCAUAAUGGAGUUAAGAAAUUUGAAUGCAACUUGUGUUACAAAUCAUAUUAUGAAUCGGGACACCUGAAGGUACAUCAGCGAGUUCAUACAGGAGAACGACCUUUUGUAUGUCCACUUUGUAAUAAAGGCUUCGUAACGAGAUCGAAAUUAGCGAGGCAUAGCAAGAUACACUGUAAGCAGGAGAGUGUCAGUUAAUUUUUCAUUUGGAGGGCUUUAUAAUGGCUUCAAGUUUCAAGUUGUUCUGUAUUAGUUUUAUCAGAAACUGUAUAUAUCAUAAUAUUUAUAUACUGCCAACAUACAAUGUGCAUUUGUCGUUAUAUAUUUUUG